AUGUCAGCCACCAGCAAACCAACUCUUCUCCUCGUCCAUGGCGGCUGGCAUGUCCCGGCCAGCUACGCGAAGCUUGCAGCCGCGUUGCGAGGUGCCGGCUUUGAGGUGCACAUCCCACGCCACCCUUCCACCAACGGGAGCCGCCCCCCAAAUGCCAACCUGGCAACCGACUCGGAUCAGAUCCGGGCCUACGCCACCAGUCUCGUAGAGGCUGGCCGAGAUGUAGCCGUGCUGAUGCACAGCUACGGAGGCCAGGUCGGCACAAACUCCCUGCACGGCCUGAGCGCCGCUGCAAGAGCCGCCAACGGCCUUGACGGCGGCGUCACGCACCUCAUCUACAUGGCCUCCUUUGCCCUCCCCGAGGGGAAGAGCAUGACCGACAAGGUCGAUGAGUUUGGCCACAUGGACCGCAUGCCCGUCGCCUUUGACUUCGCCGAGGAUGACAGCUGCACGCCCAACUACGCGCGGGAAGGCCUUGUUGGCGAGCCCUUUGUGGAAUCUGUUGAUGCCCAGGAGCUCAAGGCUUACUUUGAUACGCUUGUCCGCUGGAACGGAAAGUGCAUGUACGAGCCGCUCACCAAUACGCCAGCUUGGCGCGAUGAUGUGAAGGUGUUCUUCAUCUACACAAAGGGCGAUCUCACUGUCCCAGUUGACUACCAGAAGAACAUGGCUGAGCAUCUUGAGAAGGAGGGCAAGACAGUGCAGACGGUGGAGAUAGAGACGGGACAUUGCCCCAACCUAACCGCGGUGGAUGAAGUGGUCCAGGCUGUCCAAAAGUUUGCAUCUCAGUAA